AGGCGUCAAACGUCAGGUGAAAAUGCAUCCUCAUUCACAGUCAAACGUUGUAUUCUCUCAUAUGUUUAUCUCUACAUUUCAAAAUAAAUUUAUUUAUUCCCAUAGUGAAAGUUUCAUAAAACAGAUUACCAGGAAAAUUAAUUUAUUGCACAAACAUGUUUCAAUUCGGGUUUAACAUGUUUCCGGAAAUUCCGCGGCCUUUCAACACUCAGUACAAAUGUUUUUCGGUGUCGAUGUUACCCGGGACCUAUCGUCAGGAUGUUGAGCGUGGUGGCAAGAUUAUCAUGCCGCCGUCCGCUCUUGAACAACUCACCAGACUCAAUAUUAUUUAUCCGAUGCUGUUCAAAUUGACUAAUAAGAAAACAAAUAGAAUCACUCAUUGUGGUGUAUUGGAAUUUAUUGCUGAUGAAGGCAAAGUCUAUUUACCUUACUGGAUGAUGCAUAAUCUUUUACUGGAGGAAGGCGAGUUACUAAAUGUAGAGAGUGUGUCGUUACCAGUUGCAACAUUCUCGCGCUUUCAGCCACAGUCGGAAGAUUUCCUAGAUAUUACAAACCCAAAGGCUGUGCUAGAGAAUGGUUUACGUAGCUUUGCCUGUCUGACUACAGGCGACUUAAUCGCUAUCAAGUAUAAUCAAAAAAUUUACGAGAUGUGUGUUUUGGAAACUAGACCUGGUUCGGCAGUCAGUAUCAUUGAAUGUGACAUGAAUGUAGAAUUUGCACCACCAGUUGGUUAUAAAGAACCAAAGAGAGAAAUGAGAAAGGAGGAAAAUGAGAUGGAGGAUUUAGCUGAUUUGAUGCCAGUACCGACCGGUUUCGUGCCUUUUAAGGGUGAAGGCGUCCGGUUAGACGGCAAGAAGCGCAAGGACAUACCAAAGCAGGAAACUUUGAUUGCUAAACCAACUUAUGUUCGAGGAAUACCCGAUUACGAUUAUCAGAUAGGUACUCUGCGAUUUCUACGCAACAUGAAACCAACAAAUAAUAAGGAGAUAAAAGAUUCAGAUGAAUUUAAGGCGUUUAGUGGUGAAGGAUUCACCCUUCUGAGAAAAUCUAGAAAAUAAAAAGAUGACACACACAUACACAAGCGUUUAUUUUCUUUAAUUUAUAAAUUUUUUAUGACUGUUUUGAAUGAAUAUUUCUUGUAAGAAUGUUCUAUUGUGGAAUGUUUCUUAUUUGUUAUAAAAAUGUGAUUAAAUAGUCAAUUUUUUACAAGACAUUCUUUAAGUGUUAAAAUUAUAUAAAAUAGAUAGAGAAAUAGAGCGAAAGUGUGUUUAAAAUCUUUCAAAUGUUUUUAUUUCAGAGAAUGUUAUGAAUGUAAAGAUUGUACCAUGAUGUUUUGACACUGCAUAUAAAAGAAAUUUCUUUCAGUUAUUAAUGACAGUUUUUGGAAUUUUUCCAUUUCAUCUACUAAUUCAUUUUAUAUUCAAGAAAAAAUCUAUUUUUACAUAAUAUAUAAUCCAUAUUAUUUUAUUUACAACAAAUAUACGAUUCUGUAAUUAUGUUUAAACCUUAUUUAAUUAAUUAAUUAAAUACCUCGAAAUGAAUUGCAAGCAAAUGUUACAUGUUUGUAUGCGAUGUUCGUUUGAAUUUUGAGUAUAAAUCGCAAUGAUUGACACAUGCUGAAUAUUUUA